GCGCUGGCGAUGGUUGUGAGUGAGGGAAGUAGGAGGAGGUCUCUUCCUCUGGCUGAAGAAGGAGGUGGUGACCAGAGCUACGGGAAGAGGUUAUAACAGUAAGGGCAGCCUAGGGCUGCAUUGUGAAGCAGUGCCAGCUUCCGCUCCUCUGUGCCCUGCGAGGCAGAGCCGUAGGAGGGUCUGGCAGGCUCUUGCCUGGCACUAAGUAUACGUCCAGCUAUCUCUUGAGGGCCAAAUGGAGUCCGGUACCCAUCCAGCGCCAGAGCACGUGACGGCGCCAGGAGUAGAGCCUGGCAUCUGGGAUAUGGGCACCCAGGUCCAGAUCAGGGUGGCUAUUGAAGCUGCGGAGGAUGAUGACCCAGAAUCGUUCGAUUACAGAGGUGGUCUAGAAGGAGGAAGCUGUAGCGAGGAUGAUUAUAGUCGCGGCGAUAGAUACAGUGGAACAGCAACAAGUGGCGGAGAGAAUGAUGGUGAUGAAUUGGACCAGGACUGGAAGCCUCCUGAUCCUGAGCUUGUCCAAAAACUAAUACUGCAGAUUGAAUAUUACCUUUCUGAUGAAAACCUUGAGAAAGAUGCCUUCUUAUUAAAACAUGUGAGACGAAACAAAAUGGGCUUUGUUAGCGUUAAGCUACUCACCUCCUUUAAAAAGGUAAAACAUCUCACACGUGACUGGAGAACCACAGCCUAUGCUUUAAGAUAUUCCAAUGUGCUUGAACUAAAUGAAGACAAUAGAAAAAUCAGACGCAAGACUCCAGUCCCAGUUUUUCCCAGUGAGAACCUCCCAAGCAAGAUGCUUCUGGUUUAUGAUCUUCACUUUAUUCCAGAGUUGCAAGGCUUAAAUAAGGAGCAAGAGAAUGGAGGAAUGCAAGAAAAAAUAAUGGAGCAACUCCUGAAAAGCUUUGGGACCUUUGGUGUUAUUUCAUCUAUACGUAUUCUGAAACCUGGGCGUGAUCUUCCAUCUGAUGUGAAAAGAUUUAGCAGUAGGUAUUCCCAAGUUGGGACAAAGGAUUGUGCAAUAGUAGAAUUUGAAGAGGUAGAUGCUGCCAUCAAGGCCCAUGAUACCUUUAAUACAGAAAAGGAUACAAAUGAUGGAAUAAAGGUUAUUCUAAUUGGCAUGAAGCCUCCAAAGAAGAAGUUGCAGAAAGAACGGAAUAAAGAUGAAGAAUCUAAAAACCAGCGCAAAAAUAAAUCGCUUAAUAAGAGAGUAGAAGAACUCCAGUAUAUUGGUGAUGAGUCGGCAGCUUAUAGCUCCUCGGAACCCGAGAGUGAUCCCAACUCGCCAAUGGUAGUACGAAAGAUUCAGUCUAGUAACAAACUAAGCCCUUCUGCCUACCCAAACAAUCAUUUGAGCCCCAAUGCAUCACCAAGGUCUUCUCCAUGGAGUAGCCCCUGUGGACAACGCAAAGGCGUAAAGCAGUCCCCACUUGCUGACAGCAUGAGCCCAGAGACGGCUCGGAAGUGCACAGAGUAUUCUUCAGAUAGUAGCAUCACUCCUUCCAGCAGCCCUUGGGUUCAGAGAAGAAGACAAGCUCAAACCAUAACACAAGAUAAGAGCCCAGCUUGCAGCCCAAUGUUAGGACGGAAAAUACAAAAUGCUGAUGGUUUGCCUCUUGGUGUUCUGAGGUUGCCAAGAGGUCCUGAUGGUACAAAGGGAUUUCACAAUGGAAGUGAAAGGAAUAAGCCUUUGCAGGAUUUGUAAAUGCCAUGGAACCUUAAGGAACUGGAUGCACCAGCCUUUUACAUCAGCCUCUUAAGUAAAUAGUGUCCUGAUAGUAUUGCAGUGCAGUGCUGCAGGCCACGCUCUUAGUCCGUAUGCGUUUACUGCUGCUUUUGCCUGGCAUUAAAUAUAUUUUCCUGAAAGACUGAAAUAAAGUCUGUAUUUAUUUUUUUAAAAUCUGAUUUAAUUUCAAAACUGUUGUACAUGUUCAGCAAAUGUGCUGUAUUUUUUUCAUUUUGUUUUUAGCUUAAUUUCAAACCAUUUUAUUUUUUUAUUUCUGUGUUGCCAGGAAUCUGUAGCAGUUAUGGUUAAUAUAAUGUAAGCUACACUAAUGCCAGCAAAUUAGUUGCAUAUUUCCCUGGGUCUUAUUGCAGAUAAUGACUAACUUAGUGGGAUGCAUGAGGCCUUGUGCAGUGUUCUUCAUAAGCUUCCAAAGACACCACUGUGUACAAAGAGUGUAUAUUCUGUGAUGUGAAUUAAAAAGAAAAUCUAUAAGCAUCAAAAAGUUCAGCAGAUGUCAAUUUAUCAUAUCCUUUUUUUUCUUUUCUUUUUUUUUCUGUAAAUAUAAAUUUACCUUGUGUGAAAAUACAAUCAUGUUUUAAUUUCCAUGGUGGCUGUAGAUAGAAGGGCUCUAAGGCAAGGGGCUGAUCUACAGUAUUCCUUUUUCCUUCAGGAGACCAUAGCAAUAGAUUACAACUGAAUAUGGAAGACAAAGCAUUACUCUCUGUACAUACGGGUGAAUAUAUAGCAGCAAAGGGAUGAGGGCAAAACUUGCUCUCCCAGGGUAUAAAACCAGACUCAGCAUGCAAUAUGUUUGCAUGUUCCAUACCAGUUACUGUAAUUGAGUAUUAGCAGUGGUAUAUGCUAUGAAGUGGAACACCUGAUGGGGCCGCAUGUUAUCAUUCCAUCACGGUCUUCUAGAGUUAUACAAUAGAUCUUAGAAAGCAGUGCUGACAUUCUGUGAAGAUCCCAGAUUUCCCACUAAAAGAUCAAUACGCCGUGUAAUCCGAUGUUAGUAGUUUUUGCAUUGACUGUCCCUUUGAAAAUACCUGUACAUUGUUUAUUAUGAUUUCUUAUAUGUCCAGUCUUACAUGCAUCACAUGGAAAUGUCAAUAAACUUAAAAUGCCAACACCUGAAAAAAA